AUGCUCGGCUCUACUCUGUUGUCACUGCUCCCGUUGGCAGCGGCCGUACCAUGGGGUAACCCAGGAGGAUGGGGUGGUGGAGGAUCUUCAUCGUCGACUCCCAACUUUGACAACGUCACCAUCUUCGUGGCGCCGGAUGACUGGGAGCGUCGCAGCACGAGCUACGCUCGGGUCGUCCUGUUGAACCAAAACUGCGAGACCGACAAUGUCCUCCUGACGACAUUCACACUCACGCCCGACGGAGAACGUUACUAUCCGGUCUUUGCGUCUCACGACCAGGGCCAGUCGUGGGAAGAGAUCUCAAAGAUCUACUUCACCCAAGAAGAUACGGGCCACGACUUCAGCCAAGGCUUCCUGGCCCAGCCUGACUUCCUCGAGUUGCCCAUAGACGUGGGUGACUACCCGGCCGGGACCGUCUUGUUCACGGGCAUGGGUCAGCCCAAUGACAUGUCAUCCACCAACAUUUACGUCUAUGCCUCUAGAGACAAAGGGUGA